AUGCCAGGCAACAACCGUGCUCCGGACUUGCCAAGUCAGAAUAUUCUUGAAAUGUAUGUCAUGCGAUAUACAUCUGCAUUUCAGAGUUUGGUCUGCCCUGUCAUUAGCAAAUCGCUGUUUAUGGAGACGCUAGAUCUUGCAUACGGUCCCUUCCAUGUUUUUGGCUAUACUAGUGCUAAAUCUUGUGUCUAUGCAUUUCUAUCACUUGUAACCUUAUUUGGUUUUGAUGAUGAUGCAUAUCAAGCCGUGGAUUGUGGCUCAUAUACAUCUGCUGCCCACAGGCUUGUACCAGACAUCAUCCAGGAAAUGACAGUUGAUGGACUACAAUCACUUAUUAUGCUUACUUCUUCAACUGUCAUUUGCGAAACCUUUUUUUUCUGGUUAUGCUAUUCCUUUGAUAAAGAUAUUUGUCUAAGGACUGGACAGCCUCCAUCUAUUGAGGACUCGAAAUGUGACCUUUCAUUAACAACUGGUUAUUUUCGGCUGCAGGACAUUAAUAUACAACGAGACACGAUGGAGCUAGAUAGUUCCACGCAGCCUCUUUUCCCUUGGGAUAUUCGCCUAUCACAGAUGAAGUCAGAAAUAUAUGAUAUACUCUAUUCAGCGAGCGCACGUUUGAAGAUGAAUGUUGAGAUACUCGCCAGCAUUCUACACCUUGAUACGGCCUUAGAAAUCCGUCCAACUCUAUGUUUCUAUCAAGACAUGCCGCCCAAAGCGAACGUGAACACACAGGAAGUGAUAUUGCGACUUGCAUACUACCACUGUAUUGUCUUAAUUCAUAAAGCAAGUAAUAAAUGCAAACUAACAGGUGCUGAUCCGGGCAUCGGACUUGAGGGCAUAAGCUCCAGCAUCAACCUUUCCCUUACUGCCAGUCGUUCAUCACUCUCUCUUAUCCAAGCCUCACUGCCUAUGUUGAAGGGGGAAUGCUUCUGGGUUGUUCUUUUUUAUGCUUUAACUGCAAUCCUAACACUAUUUUGCAAUAUUCUCAAGGUUCCCCUCCAGCUAGACAGUUUGCAUGACGUGAACCUCCUGUUCAACGCCCCCGCUCUGAUACGCAGGAUUCCAAUCCGGCAUCUGACUCCGGCCAAAAUUAUUCACUUGAAGUUUCUUGAUGGAUUCACAACGGAGCUUACAAGGCUAGAGAUGUGUGCCAUAUCCAAGGCACAGGAAAAGUUUAAUGCCUCAAACGACAUGUCCAUAUUGAGUUAA